UAAUAUCUGCGGGGGGGGCAGACCUCACACGAAGCAACAGAGCCCUCUUAGUAAAUACAAGACGUCUGCUUACUCAGGUUUAAAUUAGGAUUAUGUUCAUGGACGCGCUCUGAAGAAAACCCUAAUGGAAGUCGUGUGAGGCUGAGAAAGGGGGGAGGAGACAUAGAAGAAAUUAGUGGGAGGGAGGAGAGACAGCAAACGAGAGAAACGAGAAACAGGUUGGGAAGGAGACGACUGACGCUUUGCUGUGUGGAACCAGUGGUUUUCUCUCACUUUACUUUUUUUCCUGCAUUUUUCUAACUGGCCCAGUGAGGACGUCCCAGCAGACAGACAGCUUCCCAUAGAGAUCCCCUGGGAGUGGACGAGAAAGUGCCCUGAGGUCGGGGGGGAAAACAGUUCCUCGCCAUUGCCAUGUCUGCUCCUGGUUACCCAGACUCCUACAACCAGCCACCCUAUCCCAUGCCUCAGCAAGGCGGCCAAUCCGUUGCCCCGUAUCCUGUUUCUCAGGGAGGGUAUGGAGAUCCGGGUCAAGCUCCUCCCCCGGGCUUCAAUAUGGGCUACAACCAAGGCCCGCCUCCAGUCAUGUACCAGCCAGGACCAGUCGUCACAGCUCCAGGGCCAGAGUAUGGAGGACCUCCCCAAGCCAUCUCCCCGGCCCCGGUCCCUGGGCAAGCUGCAGCUCCAGUCGGGGUUCCUCCGGGGCUCGAGUACCUCACACAGAUCGAUCAAAUCCUGAUUCAUCAAAAAGUGGAACUCCUGGAAGCUUUCAUCGGGUUCGAGACCAACAACCAGUACGAGAUAAAGAACAGCCUGGGCCAGAAGAUCUACAAGGCCAAGGAGAAGAACGACUGCUGCACCAGGAACUGCUGCGGCUCGCUGCGCAGCUUCGACAUGAAGAUCAAGGACACCCUGGACCGGGAGGUGAUCCGCCUGGUCCGGCCAUUCCGCUGCGUCUCCUGCUGGUGUCCCUGCUGUCUGCAAGAGAUGGAGGUCCAGGCACCGCCCGGCACCACCAUAGGCUACGUGAAGCAGCUCUGGCACCCUUUCCUGCCUCGGUUCUCCAUCCAGGGAGCGAACAAGGAGUCGCUGCUGGUACUGGAAGGGCCCUGCUUCGCCUGCAACUGCUGUGGGGACGUCAACUUUGAGCUGAAGGGGAAAGAUGGAGGCAAGCCCAUCGGUCGCAUCAGCAAGCAGUGGAGCGGUCUCCUGAAAGAGGUCUUCACCGACACGGACAACUUUGGCAUCCAGUUCCCGCUGGACUUGGACGUGAAGAUGAAAGCCGUGCUCAUGGGAGCCUGCUUCCUCAUCGAUUUCAUGUUUUUCGAGAAGGUCGGCGAGGCCAACCAGCGCAGCAGCGUGUUUUCAUAACAGAGGAGAAGGAAAGGACGGGGAAAUGACAGCAUGGGAGGAAGGACUUUAUCCAGUUAUGCAUGCUCUGUUUAUGUACUUUUUCUUAUAUCUUUUUUAAUCUUCACAAGAUUCCAGCCAAUACGGAGCUAACACCACAUGUUCAGACCAAUAUGAGCUAAUGAACCCGUGAUUCCAGAACCUCUGUCGCCAUGUUGCCUUACACUCCAUGUCAAAAGAAACCAACUUAACCUCCAUGUGUUUUUCAGUGCCUACUAAAAAGAGAAAAUGAGUAAAUAUGUACACACAGGAGAUUUUGAAUUUCUCUAUAUUGCA